CUUCAGAUUCGAUUCUGUAGAGGCAGUCGUGCCUUCACCGUAUCCUGGAGAGCCUACAUAUUAUUUAUUUAUUUAUCUGGAUCGUUCCGUGGUAUUCCUGGAACAGCUCUGGAAUGCAACGCUGCAUGUACAUGAACUAGAGUACCAGUAUUGGUGGCAAGUUGGGAAGCCGUCGUCAAGCUAGCCUUCUUGCUAGCAGGUCUUACUGUCUUACUCUGUGAUCCUCCCUGCCCUCCCUUGACACAUUUUCCUGCUUUGGCUUUGAGGUUUCUCUGCUUCCUCGGUUGUUCGGCUUGCAUCCUGCCCUCCUCCUCUGCAACCCAUCCUCACCAUCGUCCCAUAAAACAAGAUACUACGGGGGUUUGGAGUAGGUAGAUUAUCUCCUCCCAAGACUCUUGCUUCAUACUAGGUAGGAAGAUACACUAGCACUGCUAACAGUGACCAUGCGAACUGAAGCCUACGCUCCACCCAGGAGUAGCCUGGAUGGCUUUAUCCUGCGACGCCUCCAAGAAUCUGCCGCAAAACAAUGGAGCAUUAGCGAAGAAUCCUUAAAGAGCAGCAGUACAAAAGUCACCCAAGACAGCAGUAUUAGUGCUAUUUCAUGGGGUGAUUGUUCUUCUGAUCAUUCUCAUUGCAGAAAUCGGAGUCAAAUGUGUGUGUCCUUUCAAGAAGAGCCCAGUGUACUGCUUAUUCCACCGAUUCCUGAAGAAGACAUGGACACACUGUUUUACAGUCAAGACGACCAUGAGGACAUGAUGGACGAUGCCGAAAUGGUGGCCAAAGGAUGGAUGAGUCAAGAAGAUACCUUACGUGGUUUGGAACGAUUCUCGGCUGAGGGACGCCUUCUCACCCAAGAACAACGACACACCGUCAUUUCCACUGUAUUGGAAGAACAACGAAAACUCUGGGAAGAGAGGUUUGUCUUUGGCGUGGAUCAACAAAAAGUAUUGGCCAAAGUCUCUCGACGCCUAUCAACCAAUUGCCAAGACUUGGCUUACCAAAGAGCCUACCAAGAUGAAUUGGAGAGUUUGCCUCGACAAACAACAAAACAGAAAAAACAGCAAGCACCAGUAGGGCUGCUCUCUCGAGUGUCCACCAUCUUCACGAACGCCACACACAACAACAAGGGGUGCCACCGCUAGUACAAGCUGAUGAAUCAUGGCCAUUUUCUUGCUCACUUCCAAGGGCAAAUCUUGCUUUGGAUUGCCGCCAGCUCCAUCAGGUUUGCUAUUACUACAUGUACCGGUAGAAUCACAAGGGACGGCUUCAUUUUUCUUCGGGUUGUGUAUGACGAGGCGAGGAAGGUGUGAAGAGCUCGCCCUUUCGCAUGAAGCUUCUGCAUGGCAAUCGAUGAUCGAGCCGCACCUCGUACCACUACUGGUACCAUAACGGUGGGGGGAAUGUAUAUUUGCAGGAUUUAUUGAGAUAUUUUACAACUAAGUCCUUUUCAGGAUUUCAGUUUUCAACAGUUAGAGUUAGUUGUUGCCAGGAUUUAUUGCAAAUCUUCUCGAUUGAUCCGCCGCACCUUCGGGCCGCCAACAAUUUUGGGCUGUGGGAGAAGGGGCUACGAGGGCGAAAGCGGUAGAAGGCAGUAAUGUGAUUGGCUAAUCAACCUAUGACAUCAGCAAAUGCGUCAGCAAAGAUUCAAAUAUACUUAACGUACCAUUUAUAAAGAUUACAGGGCAAGUGAGCUAUCAAUUACGUAUCUUCUUGUUUCUGUUUUCGCGAAAGAAGG